AUGCCCUGCCCAUCGAUAACUCCCCCUUUCCCCACUGCCAGCACUCCCCUCCCCUGUCCCUAUCACUCCCCUGCCCCUCACGCGACCAUUCCCCAUUCCCCGUCACGAUCACCCCCUCUCGCUGACACGUUCUUGCCCCUUCCCCCUCGCUCGCGUGCACGUUCCCCCCACCUGCGCGCCCUCCCCUUCCCACGUCACCAGCACGCCCCUUCCUCGUCAUACUCUCUCCUUUUCCCCCUCCACGCGAGUGCCGCCCUCCCCCUCCCCUCCGCAAACACUAUCCCGCUCCUUCGCUAUCACUUCCUUCCCCCCUCGAUAGCUCCCCCUGCCCCCGCCGCUAGCUCUCUCCUCCCCCACUGCUAUCACUCCCCUUCCACGCCCACCGCUAGCCAUCUCCCUCCCCACUGCUAUCUCUCCGUCCCCGUCCAUCUCACUCCCCUUCCCCCACGCGGCCAUUCCCCCUCCCCCGUCACGAUCACCCCCGCACGAUGUCGCGUUCUCUCCCCUACCCCCUCGCUUGCAGGCACGUUACCCCCACCUGCGCCACCGCCCCUUCCCUCGUUGAUAUCACUCCCCUUCACAUCCGCAUUCUCACCCCUGCCCCCUCCACACUCGUGGAGCCCCGAACCCCCCCCCCCCACCCCCGCCAUCCACUGCUCGUCGCCUUUGCCUUCCCUCCCACCUCCCUUCCCAAUAGCUUCCCCCCAUCCGGUUUUCUGCUUCCCCCUCUCCCCUUCCCUCCUUCCCCAUGUCCCCCCAUCCUCUUCAUUCUUUCCCCUUAUCCCAAUCCCUGCUUCCCCCCAUCCGGUUCUCUCCAUCCCCCACUCUCCUUCCCUGCUUCCCCAUGUACCCUUCCCACCUUCCCCAUGUCCCCUGCCCCAUGAACCCCCAUCCCCUGCCCUGCUUCCCCUAACCCCCUCCUUGCGUCCCCCCAUCCUCUUCGUUCUUUCCCCUUAUCCCAAGCUCUGCUUCCCCCCAUCCGGUUUUCUGCAUCCCCCCCUCCCCUGCCCUGCUUCCCCCCAUCCCCUGCCCUGCUUCCCCCCAUCCCCUGCCCUGCUCCCCCCCAUCCCCUUCCCUGCUUCCCCCCAUCAGAUUCCCGCCUCGCCCCCAUCCCCCUCCCUGCUCCCCCUCAUCCCCCUCCCUGCUUCCCCCCAUCCCCUGCCCUGCUACCCCCCAUCCCCUUCCCUGCUUCCCCCCAUGUCCCCUGCACUGCUACCCCCCAUCCCCUGCCCUGCUUCCCCCCCUCCCCUUCUCUGCUUCCCCCCAUCCCCUUUCCUGCUUCCCCCCAUCCCCUGCCCUGCUUCCCCCCAUGUCCCCUGCGUUGCUUCCCCCCAUCCCCUGCCCUGCUUCCCCCCCUCCCCUUGCCUGCUUCCCCCCAUCCCCUUGCCUGCUUCCCCCCAUCCCCUUCCCUGCUUCCCCCCAUCAGAUUCCCGCCUCUCCCCCAUCCCCAUCCCUGCUCCCCCUCACCCCCCUCCCUGCUUCCCCCCAUCCCCUGCCCUGCUUCCCCCCAUGUCCCCUGCGCUGCUUCCCCUCAUCCCCUGCCCUGCUUCCCCCCCUCCCCUUGCCUGCUUCCCCCCAUCCCCUUCCCUGCUUCCCCCCAUCAGAUUCCCGCCUCGGCCCCAUCCCCCUCCCUGCUCCCCCUCAUCCCCCUGCCCUGCUUCCCCCCCUCCCCUUCCCUGCUUCCCGCCAUCUCCUUCCCGGCUUCCCCCCCUCCCCUUCCCUGCUUCCCCCCAUCCCCUUACCACCUUCCCCUUGUCCCCUGCCCUGCUUCCCCCCCUCCCCUGCCCUGCUUCCCCUCCUCCCCUUCCCUGCUUCCCCCCAUCCCCUUUCCUGCUUCCCCCCAUCCCCUGCCCUGCUUCCCCCCCUCCCCUUGCCUGCUUCCCCCCAUCCCCUUCCCUGCUUCCCCCCAUCAGAUUCCCGCCUCGCCCCCAUCCCCCUCCUUGCUCCCCCUCAUCCCCCUCCCUGCUUCCCCUCAUCCCCCUCCCUGCUUCCCCCCAUCCCCUGCCCUGCUACCCCCCAUCCCCUUCCCUGCUUCCCCCCAUGUCCCCUGCGCUGCUUCCCCCCAUCCCCUGCCCUGAUUCCCCCCCUCCCCUUCUCUGCUUCCCCCCAUCCCCUUUCCUGCUUCCCCCCAUGCCCUGCCCUGCUUCCCCCCAUGUCCCCUGCGCUGCUUCCCCCCAUCCCCUGCCCUGCUUCCCCCCCUCCCCUUGCCUGCUUCCCCCCAUCCCCUUACCUGCUUCCCUCCAUCCCCUUCCCUGCUUCCCCCCAUCAGAUUCCCGCCUCGCCCCCAUCCCCCUCCCUGCUCCCCCUCAUCCCCCUCCUUGCUUCCCCCCAUCCCCUGCCCUGCUUCCCCCCAUGUCCCCUGCGCUGCUUCCCCUCAUCCCCUGCCCUGCUUCCCCCCCUCCCCUUGCCUGCUUCCCCCCAUCCCCUUCCCUGCUUCCCCCCAUCAGAUUCCCGCCUCGCCCCCAUCCCCCUCCCUGCUCCCCCUCAUCCCCCUGCCCUGCUUCCCCCCCUCCCCUUCCCUGCUUCCCGCCAUCUCCUUCCCGGCUUCCCCCCCUCCCCUUCCCUGCUUCCCCCCAUCCCCUUACCACCUUCCCCUUGUCCCCUGCCCUGCUUCCCCCCCUCCCCUGCCCUGAUUCCCCUCCUCCCCUUCACUGCUUCCCCCCAUCCCCUUUCCUGCUUCCCCUCCAUCCCCUGCCCUGCUUCCCCCCCUCCCCUUGCCUGCUCCCCCCCAUCCCCUUCCCUGCUUCCCCCCAUCAGAUUCCCGCCUCGCCCCCAUCCCCAUCCUUGCUCCCCCUCAUCCCCCUCCCUGCUUCCCCCCAUCCCCUUCCCUGCUUCCCCCCAACCCCCUCCCUACGUCCCCCCAUCCUCUUCGUUCUUUCCCCUUAUCCCAAGCUCUGCUUCCCCCCAUCCGGUUUUCUGCAUCCCCCCCUCCCCCUCCCUGCUUCCCCAUGUCCCCUUCCCACCUUUCCCACCAACUCAAUCCCACAGCAACAUGACAGCAAUGCUUUUUCCCCGCACCCUCUCCACCACUCCAAUCCGCAGCGCACUAGGUUGAACACUCACCGCUCUAGCGUGCCCACUGACCCCUCUAGCUUGCACACUCACCGCUCUAGCUUGCCCAAUCACCACUCUAGCUUGCCCACCCACCGCUCUAUCGUGCCCACGCACCACUCUAGCUUGAACACUCACCGCUCUAGCGUGCACACUAACCGCUCUAGCGUGCCCACCCACCGCUCUAUCGUGCCCACGCACCACUCUAGCUUGAACACUCACCGAUCUAGCGUGCCCACUAACCGCUCUAGCUUGCCCACUCACCGCUCUAUCGUGCCCACGCACCACUCUAGCUUGCACACUCACCGCUCUAGCGUGCCCACUCACCGCUCUAGCUUGCCCACCCACCGCUCUAGUGUGCCCACGCACCACUCUAGCUUGCACACUCACCGCUCUAGCUUGCCCAAUCACCGCUCUAGCGUGCCCACCCACCGCUCUAUCGUGCCCACGCACCGCUCUAGCUUGCACACUCACCGCUCUAGCUUGCCCAAUCACCGCUCUAGCGUGCCCACCCACCGCUCUAUCGUGCCCACGCACCGCUCUAGCUUGCACACUCACCGCUCUAGCUUGCCCAAUCACCGCUCUAGCGUGCCCACCCACCGCUCUAUCGUGCCCACGCACCGCUCUAGCUUGCACACUCACCGCUCUAGCUUGCCCAAUCACCGCUCUAGCGUGCCCACCCACCGCUCUAUCGUGCCCACGCACCGCUCUAGCUUGCACACUCACCGCUCUAGCUUGCCCAAUCACCGCUCUAGCGUGCCCACCCACCGCUCUAUCGUGCCCACGCACCGCUCUAGCUUGCACACUCACCGCUCUAGCUUGCCCAAUCACCGCUCUAGCGUGCCCACCCACCGCUCUAUCGUGCCCGCGCACCGCUCUAGCUUGCACACUCACCGCUCUAGCUUGCCCAAUCACCGCUCUAGCGUGCCCACCCACCGCUCCAUCGUACCCGCGCACCGCUCUAGCUUGCCCACUCACCGCUCUAGCAGGGCCCAAUCACCGCUCUUGCUUGCCCACUCACCGCUCUAG